AUGCUCUUUGUAAGAUUUAGUAGAAAAAUGAGUUAUUCUCCCCAGAGGGGAAUAGAAGAGUUAUGGAAAAAUAGCUUUUUAGAUGAUGUUAGUAUGAAAACGAAACUGGAGUAUAGCAAAACAGGGGAUGCAUGGCCGUGUGUUUUGCUAAGAAAAAAAAGCUUUAACGAUUUACAUAAAUUAUACUAUAUAUGCUUAAAAGAAAAAAAUAAAUUAUUAGGGGAGCAAUAUUAUAAUUUUCAAAAUAGUACGAAAAUGAUUCAACACGGUCGUUUAAAAAAGGUAAAAUUAACGAUGAAAAGAAUUUUAACAGUGUUAUCAAGACGAGCUAUACAUGAACAAUGUAUUCGAGCUAAAGAAAUUUUAAAAAAGCAACAAGAGAGAGAAAUAUACGAGACACAGAAAUUUCAAUUAGAAGAACAAUUACUAUUUUUAAAGCAUAAAAUAAAUAUUUUAAGAAAUGAUUUUUCCUUAGAAAAAAAUACUUUAAAACUAUCUAUCAGUAAAAUUCAAAACAGAAUUGAUGAAUUAAAUAUUGUACUUAAUCCUUUACGAAAGGAAACGAUGCAUUUAUUAAAACCACACUUCAAAUAUCAGAGAAAAUAUUCUGAUUUGCCUGGUUUUAUUUCAUGGAAAAAACAAAAUAUUAUUGCCCUUAGGAAUAAUAUGAGCAAGUUGCACAGGUUUUAUUAG